UCAGUUAUGUUUGUGGGUGAUGUGAUGGAGAGUUAGAACUUUUUCCAGGAUUUUCGUCCCCGUGAAAAAAAAAUCUGCUGAUGCAAUGAAGAACACCAAAGUCGUAUUUAUUGGCUGCUUCUGUUCCUUUUUCGGUCUACUGGUGGCCUUCCCCGAGCAGGGCAAAUGGGAUUUCACAUUAGCGACGGAUGGACGGUACAUGCCGAUUCCCAAAUCAGUUUAUGCUGGUUUUAAGAUAUAUACUCAAAUGAAUUGUGAGCCAGCGGACCCUGCAAAAUCUUCCAUUGCGGUGAAAAUUUCGUGGGAUCUUCUGGAACUGAAAUGUUGGGAAGAAUAUGUUCGAAAUUCAUACAAUCCACAGUACGAAGCAUUUUUUGCCUCACCAAAUCAAUCGAAAGUCAGUUCCGAUCCAAUCGAGGAAAGGUGCACUCGAGGAGGUCACAUCAGUUUACCGGAACUGAAGCUGAAGGAACCUAGCGCCAAGUCGAAGUUACCAGUUGAGCAGAAAAGUAAAUCUCGGCGUGAGACGGGACAAAAUGAACCGCAAUCUAUUUUCACCAUCACCAAAGAUGGACUGUACAUCUUCAUACUGAGGGUCGACUCCGAAGAGGAAUUCAUUGCUAAUGUCCAUGUCGAAAUAAAGAGCUCCAGUGGGUACCUGUCUGCCGUGGAUUGGCCACUUUUACCGUUCUAUGGCGCGAUGUGCUUGGUAUAUGUAGUCCUCGGUAUCAUCUGGCUGACCGUGUCAUUCCUUCAGUGGAGAGAUCUGCUACGGAUACAGUUCUGGAUUGGAGGUGUUAUUCUGCUAGGUAUGCUGGAGAAGGCUAUGUUUUACGGGGAAUAUCAGAGCAUUAACUCGACGGGAGUAUCUGUCAAAGGGAUGGUCCUAUUUGCCGAGUGGGUGUCCUGUGGCAAGCGUACCCUGGCUAGAAUGUUGGUGAUCAUUGUUUCUCUUGGAUUUGGGAUUGUCAAACCCAGAUUAGGACCGAUGCUGCACCGUGUGGUCGGUACGGGUGCUCUGUAUUUGGUAUUAGCAUGCGUCGAAAGUUUCCUUCGAAUAAUGCACACGAAGAACGAUCAGCUGCUGGUAGCUAGCAUUCCGUUAGCUGUGCUGGAUUCAGCUAUUUGCUGGUGGAUAUUCACCUCUCUCGUUCAAACUACAAGAACACUACGGUUGCGAAGAAACAUGGUCAAAUUAACGCUGUACCGACACUUCACCAACACGUUAAUCUUCGCGGUGUUAGCUUCCGUGGUGUUUAUGUUAUACUCGAUCAAAACGCACCGGUUUGCCGAGUGUCUAACCGAUUGGAAGGAACUGUGGGUUGAUGACGCUUUCUGGCACGUCCUAUUUUCCACGCUUCUGUUAGUGAUCAUGAUUUUGUGGCGUCCGACUAACAACAACCAGCGGUACGCAUUCACUCCCCUGUUGGAUAAUCCGGAGGAUGAGGAUGAUGACGAAGAGGAGCAAUUUGUGUCGGAUGCGUACGGGGUGAAAAUGCGCGGUGCUCGCAGUACCUCGCCGAAACCGAACGCCCGAAGUCCGACCACGGAGGAGGACGAUUUGAAGUGGGUUGAGGAUAACAUACCGGCCGCGAUUGCGGAAGCUGCGCUACCGGUGCUUGAUUCCGACGAGGAGAUUGUCAACACUAAGUUUGAGGUGUCGAAGAUGCAGUGAACGGAUACCGGUUCGGUGUCAUCGGCGAAAACUAGCGAACGAUUUUAGAAGAAAUGUAAAUUUUCUUCCGCAGAGACUGCUAGAGUUGGACCGAAACUUCUCUUUCUUUUUUCUAAGUAGGUUUAGUGACUUUUUUUUUAUAGAUGGAACAGAUCAAUAGUAAUCGCGCUAGUCAAAAGUGUGGGUAAAUGUUAUUAGAUUGAAGUUUAUUUUUUUUUGUAUUCCAGCUGCUUUUUCUAUCUGAUAUACGAUUAGCCUAUGAAUGUGCAUUUCUCCUAUCUUCGUUCAUUACCACUUACUUGCCGAACGAACGCAAUAGUAAAACUAAUUUAAUGAACUUUCCAUGUGCACAUUUCUUUACGGGGAAGACUUUCUGUCCAUCUCUUGAUAAUUUAACGACAGUACUAGUGGUAAAGCGAGAAGGUGAAAUAGUAAGAUUACAAAUUCUUGUAAUUGUGAUGAAUUUAAGUUGAAUGAAAAAUAACUUAACAACUCAAGCAUAAACGUUGAACUUUAUUGGACAGGCCACUAUUGUGCUUGGAGUUUUAGAGCAGUAUAUUUGAAACAGUAGCAAAUAUUUUUUUUUUGUAAAUAGACACCUAUUGCAUUAUCCAUUUUUUAAUUUAAAAUAAAUCAAUCCUAAAUUAUACCUAAUCCGAAUGAAUAAAAAUACGCAAAAUUACUGGAAGUUUUCAAAAAUAGAAAUAAAGCGGUAUUUAUGAAAUA